UUUUACUAUUAAUAUUAUUUGUUUUACUUUUUUGAUUGUCGUUUAUUUUUUGCGUUGACUGAUUUGUUGACGUGAUUUGCACUUUGGGCCAAAGUAUAGCUGCCAUUUGAGUGCACCACUAGAUGGCGGUAAUGUGCAAUUUUAAAUGUGAUCUUGUUCAGUGUCUGAAAAUGCGAGGAAGAAGACUGCGUUUUGACCCUUUCGGCUCUCCGUAGUUGUACAAAGCGUUUUCGGACAUGUUUACGGUCUGAGCUUUGUUUUGGAGCUAUUAUGCAUUACAAUAUUAGAUAGCUGUAAAGGUUGCACACCUUAAAUUUAUUGUUGUAGUUGUCUUUACGCCUGUAGAUUCGACAAAAAUGAGCGACUUGGCAGAUUUACUGAUCAAAGAGGGCUGGUACCUCACAGAUGAAGGUAUUGCAGAGCUGAAGGGAACUUCUGAAAAAACAACACACAGUGACAUCAUUCGCAUUGCACUUGAUACGGAUCUGAGGCCUAUCGGAAGCAAGUUUUUACCAUCUGAUAUCAACAGUGGAAAGACUGAGAAGCUGGAGGGCCCAUGUGUUCUCCAGGUACAAAAGGUAAGAAACAUCUCAGCCCCCAAAGACAACGAGGAGUCCCAGGGUGCACCACGUAUGCUGCGCCUACAGAUGACAGACGGGCACACCACCUGUGUCGGAUUGGAGUUUAAACAUCUGUCCAAGAUUAGUCUUAAUACACCCCCUGGAACAAAGGUGAAGCUUCUUGGUACAGUCCAGGUUAAAAAUGGAUGUUUGCUUCUUGAAGAUUCAAACAUCUCUGUCCUUGGAGGAGAAGUUGAGCACAUGGUGGAGAAAUGGGAGCUCCAAAGGAGUUUGGCGAAACACAGCCGGAGCAACAUCGGAGCAGAAGGGGGGCCACCUCCCUUUGUGCCAUUCGGUCAGAAGUGUGGAAGGAAAGAUGAAGUAGACAGCAGCGAACUGGACCAGCGGAAAACCCUCCAGACUCAGAAUGUGGUCAAGAGUCCCGACGAGAACGACGAGUUUGAAAAGCAGCGAACAGCAGCGAUCGCCGAGGUGGCCAAGACAAAAGAGGGCCCCCGCAGCUUUGGCGGUGGCGGAAAUGCGGGCAGUAAUUUAUCCAACGCCGCUUCCUCCUCCCGAAGCAGAGAUGCCAACCAGCAAAGGAGACGUGAAGAGAAGUUUGAAAAAGCAGAAAGCAGGCCAGAGGGAAACUACAGAGAGUUGGUGGAUGAACGAGCUCUGAGAGACAUCAUGGAAAUGGGCUUCAACAGAGAGGCAGCUCGACAAGCUCUGAUGGAUAAUAACAACAACCUUGAAGUGGCACUAAACAGUCUACUGACUGGAAGUUCUGGUGGCCGACCCAGUUCUGUGGUGCUUGAAUCAAACAAGUUUCAACCCAGAGGCAGAGGGAAGGGAAGAGGCAGGUCCAGAAAUGAAGACGAGGAUGAAGGAGUUGGAGGAAGACCUUCUGGACCGAGCACUCUGUUUGACUUUCUGGAAUCCAAAAUGGGCGCUUUCUCUGUGGAUGAUACGAAGAGUCAGACACAGCAGAGGAACCACGAGAGCAAAGCAAAUUUCUCAAAUUCAAACUACCAUACCAAAGAGCAUUCUCAGCCCAGGUUCUCCUCACACUAUGAACACAAACCGCAAAGGAACGACCGACCUCCAAGAUUUAACAAAGACACAGAUUUCCCCAAACCAGGCCAGGAGCACAUCCCCAACCUAAUGGCCUGUCCAACGUCAGCUCAGUCUCAGCAGUGGAGGAGCCAGGAGAGGUGGCCACGAGGAACCCCAGAUCAAACGGUUAAUGACAGGCGACAGACGAGAGAUGAUCAGCUCGUUAGCUCAGCCACUUCGCUAAAGCCCUCAGAAGAACCUCAGCAGAAGUUGGAGUUUAAUGGAUCUUACCACCAACAGUCCAGAAGUCGAGAAGGCGGCUCGAAUAUAUCUGGAUUUUCUCAGAAGAGAGGGCUGAAAAACGAUGGACCCAUGCCUAAACCAAGUAAUUCUGCAGGAAUGGAUGCAGAUGGAAGGGGAAACAAUAAAGAAGCCAACAACAGCAGGAGGAAGCCAAAGGUCGACCGGCAAAACUCGGACCACUUUGAUAGACAAAGAAAUAUUGGCCAGCCCAACUUUAACUCUAAAGGAGCUAGCUGGGGGACUCAGGAAGUAGGAUUUCCACAAACUCUUUGCACGUUGACAGGGGUUCCUUCUCAUUUUCAAAACGGAGAUUUGGAACAUAAAAGAACAGGGCCAAUUAAGCCUGGAAACAUGCCCUGUCCUCCAAACAGGGAGCAAAUACCCAGAAAAAAUAUGCCCCAAAACUUGGGACCGAAGAGAAGACCGGGGCAAGGCAAAGGCCAAGGCCCUCGAGGACCAGACAGGAAUCAAAUCACGGAACAUGGAUGGAAACCUGGAGACCAGUGUCUGGCGCUGUACUGGGAGGACAGCAAAUUCUACCACGCCAGAAUAGACGCUGUGCAUCCAUCUGGCUCCACAGCUGUGGUUGUGUUCAGUGACUAUGGAAACUGUGAGGAGGUCCUCCUGGAGAACAUCAAACCUGUGUCUGCUGACAUGUUGGCAGGAGGAAGAUGACGGCUUCUACGACAGUUCACUGGAGUUUCGCCGUGGGGGAGACGGACAGCCGAGACGAACGAGGCCCACGCAGCAGUACUACCAGCCCCCCAGGGCGCGUGAUUGAAGUGUUUGUGUUUUUACCUGCGCCGGUGAACAAAUGAAAAUUGGCCUUUCAUUUUCUCUUGUAAACAAACACUGUGUCACAGAGAUGUUAUUGGUGAUGUUUUAAUAAUUGAUGCAUUUCUCCGGCUCUCUUGGAGAACAUGCGAGUUGUGUGACAGAAAUGUUAAGGAUUAGUUUCUCAGUGACUGGCGUUUCUGUCAGCUUACAUUUAAAUUGUUUCCUGCGUUGGCAUCAUCACAACUGUGUUUUACAUAACUAAAUUUAGGUUUCUUUUUCCUUUUAUUGCAAUUUAAUAUAAAACCAAUUUCCUGGGUUUAACUAAAGUUAAGAGGAUCCCAUGAUGCCAUAAACAUGAAGUUAAAACGUUAGGACUUUUUUCCAAUCAUUUUGUUUGUCAUUCAUCCCAACACCUCCUGCAACAAUCCAGAGUGCUUCCUUUAUUUUUAUUGUCCACAUAUUCAGGACAGAAUGUCUCAAAGGGCUUGCACACGAUGCAGUAAUAAAAGAACUGACAUGAGCUCCUGUAUUAUUUUGUGAAGAUCAUCUAUUUGUUGUGAAGAUUUGUUAAAUGGAUGCAUCAAAAUAAAUUACUUAAAUCUA